AUGAUGCAGAAAAAAAUAAUAUUGUUAGUAAUAGUAUUAAAUAUAAGUUUCAAUUUAAAAUAUAUAAACACUGCCAAUGAAAGCGAUUUAAGAUCAUUGGAAGUUAAUUCUGAUUGGCUUGCUAACGUCGAUUUAUUUCCUUAUGAAAAAUUAAAUGAGAAUAAAAAUGCUGAAGCAAGAUCUGAGUUGUUAGAUCUUGAACCGGAAAUUGAAGAAGAUCAUAAGGAUGAUGAUGGAAAAACAGAAAUAAAUUCCGCCCGUGGAGAUAAAAAAAAUAAUUUUGAUAUCUUGGUGAUGAAAGACUUAAAUGGGACGGAUAAAGUUGAAAAAUAUGUCAAUUAUGAUUCAGACGAUCCGGAAGCAAACAGAUAUGCGCCGUCUCCAGAAUUUUCAGUUAAUAAUUAUGUUAUGACCGAAGCUAGGUGGACAAAAAUAAGAUCUGAGUUUAUGUAUUGGUACUUUGACAAAGGCGGAGAUAAUAAUAAUGGUGAUCUUCAGACUGAUAUAUAUUCUUCAACGCAAAUUCAUAAAAAUUUCAAUUUUCAAUUACCAUUUUAUGGGUUUCGCUAUAAUUAUACAUUUCUUUCAAUGAAUGGGUAUUUGGGGUUCAGUGAUGCACCAGAGCACUACACUUAUCCCUUGAAUUUUCCAAUAAAAGACUGGCCGAAGACAAAUGAUCCGGCGUUUAUCGGUAUUUUUUUCAGUAAAUGUCGGAUUGGAACGCUACGACCUACUGAUUAUGAUCGGCGUAGACCCGGUGUUUACUUUAGACAAGAAAGAGAUUUACAAAAACGUACAGACCAAUUCGGUGUAGAGUUACGUGAACGAGUAAAAUGGGAUAUCCGGGAGGGUGUUGUGGGUUCAGACUCGUUUGAUCCAAAACAUGCAGUGAUCGUAACAUGGAAAAACAUGUCUUUUGCCGGCGGUAUUGAUAACUCUCUCUCUAAAACCAAUACGUUUCAAUUAGUACUAGCCACUGAUGAAGUUUACACAUACGCUAUGUUUAACUACUUGGAUUUAUCCUGGACGACACACACAGAAGCCGGCGGAGAUACAACUGGUGGUGAGGGUGGGACACCCGCCUUCAUUGGUUUUAACGCUGGAAAUGGUACACAAGCUUACGAGUACAAGCCGUAUUCUCAGAUGUCUACUUUGAGAGAUUUAACAAGCCGUGGGUGGGCUAAUGGCUUUAAAGGUCGUCACAUUUUUCGUAUUGAUGAAAAAAUUAUGCUUGGUACUUGUAAUAAAGAUAUAGCUGGUCCACACUUACCAUUAGUUUUUGCUCCUGAAAGUGGAAAUAUGCUUGGUGGUACUGUUGUAAACAUAACAGGCCCUUGUUUUGAAAAAACCGACAAAGUUCGUUGUCUAUUUGAUACAGUAGACGUCAUGGGUACUGUUAUCGAUAUAAAUCGUGCCAUAUGUGUUCAGCCUUUUGUCAAAGCUGAAGGAUAUAUUAGGUUUGCCGUAGCCGUUAAUAGUGGAACAUUUGAUUGGAAAGGAAAAUAUUUCAUAGAAACACCUGCAACAGCAACAGAGAAAAUAUUUUUUCAAACCCGGGCUGUGCACGAACGUGAUCCUCGAGAAAUUAAAAUAACAUGGAACGCUUACAAUUUGACAAGUAAUUUAAAUGCUGAAGUACAAAUAUCUAUUUGGGGAUAUCGUGAGACAACAAUCCGCUCGGAAUUUGAAUACAUUGAUACUCUUGAGAAAGGAACAACAAAUACCGGAGAGUAUAUUAUAAUCCCAGCAUCAUAUCGCAAUCGUGAAAUGCCGUCUCAAUUAGACAUGCAGUUUGGGUUCAUCCAAAUAAAUUUAACAAACCCAACGGAAUAUUAUGGCUUGGAAUUAACACCACAAUUAUGGAGUAAGCCGAUUCCUUUGGCAUGGUAUUUUGGUCCUCAAUGGGAACGUACAUACGGCACUAAAUGGCCCCAAGAACUCUGUAAUGAGUGGAUAAAAAAUGAUCGAUACCUCAAAAAUUUUGCCGCUGAAGUUUCUCUGUGCCCUUGUAAAUUAGAACAUGCUCUUUACGAUAAAGGCCGUUUUCUACCAGACUUGGACUGCGACAAAGAUUCGAACCCUGAAUGUUUCUAUAACUACGGAGCGAUACACUGCGUUAAAACAGGAACACCAAACUUAGAAGGUUCAGAGCAACAAUGUUGUUAUGACAAAAAUGAGUUCUUAAUGUUAUCAUACGACCAGCAAUGGGGAUCUAAGCCGCAACGUUCUCAUAAUCUUGGAUAUUUACCGUGGAAUGAAGCCAACAAAGUACCGAGUCUUUCACACUGGUAUCAUGAUGUUGUGCCUAUGUACACUUGUUGUAUGUGGCAAGAAGAACAAGCAGUGGGCUGUGAAACAUUGCGAUUUGAGAGAAGACCAUCUCAAGAUUGUAUUGCCUAUCAAUCACCUGCAGUCGCUGCGGUCUUUGGUGAUCCUCAUAUUGUAACCUUUGACAACGUGGCUUACACGUUUAACGGGAAAGGAGAGUUUGUUCUUGUUCGGGUUAAUAAUGAAAAAGAUAAAUUAGAUAUACAAGGACGCUUCGAACAAGUUGGUAAUAAUUUUUAUGGUGAAGUCCGCGGUACACAAUUGACUUCAAUUGCAGACAUUAUUUUUUAUUUUUUUUCCUUUGGCAGAACUUCGUUUUAUGAUAAAAGAAAACUUCUGACCAAAAUUCAUCCAAAUCGAAAGGGGUCGAUUCCAAAUGAUACUAAAAACAAAACGCGUGGAUUGUUCGGAAACUGGAGCAAUGAUAUUCUGGAUGAAUUUACAUUACCAGACGGCCGACAAGUACCGUAUGGUAAUUUAGAUAACUUUGAAACGGUACAUAAAGAUUUUGCGAUAAAUUGGAUCCUCGAAGAUAAAAUAGAUCCUCUAAAAGGGAAUUCAUUGUUCGUACGUGAAUUUGGACGUACUGCUAGUUAUUUUUCAAAUCGCACAUUUGUUCCCGAGUGGAGACGCCGCCCAGAAGAUUUUCUACCUGCAAAUCGAUCAGUCGAUGUAGAGCGCGCUCGUGAAUUAUGCGGUGACUCUUAUCAAUGUCAGUAUGACUAUGCUAUGACGCUUAAUAGGGAUCUAGCACAUUUUACCAAAAAUUAUCAUGAUACUUUGACACAAAUCAAAGCAAUCAAUUCCGGACGGACUAUUUCCUGUGGAGUACUUGAGACACCGAGAUUUGGACGUAAAAGUAAUUUCUUAUUUAUACCCGGUACUAAAGUUACAUUUGAAUGCAAUCAAGACUUCGUGCUGAUAGGCGAUCAAAGGCGUACAUGCAUGCCAGACGGGCACUGGGAUAUUCCUGAGUACGGGUAUACUGAGUGUCUUCGUCAGAUCGAGUAUUCACAACGAACAGCCUGGACGACAAUGGGUAUCAUAAGCGCGGUAUUAAUUCCAGCCAUAGCUUUAAUGGCCGCAGUAUUCGUUUGCCUUAAAAAAAAUUCAAACCAAGGAAGUUCUACGAAAUCGUGGCGUUUUUCCGAACGAUCUGCACUUGAUAAUGACUCAUUUACGCGAUCAGUGAUACCACGUGAUAGGCCAAUUUCACCGGUUACACCGACUAGUGACUCGAGUACAAUUACUAACACAAGUGCAUGGAAACGCAGAAGUUAUGACAAAGUUUAUCACACACACGAACCAUUACCCAACAGACCCGACAUUGAAUUUGAAGAUAAAGAUUGGGACCUUAAAGAACCUAGUUUAGUUAGUGGCGAAGAUUCCACAGAUAAUAGAAAAACUGCCAGUCCCAGUAAAGAGAGCGAUGUUUAG